AUGGCGACCGCAGCUAUCGCCGGAUAUCAAAUGACCGCCCGGAAGAUUAUCUCCCUCAUUGCUACCGAUCCAACACUUUGCAAUCCGCGCGUCGCGAUUGUCGGCGCUCUUGCGAGAAUACAAUACUGUCCCACGGCCACUGUGCCUACCUGCGUCGACAUUUACGUCAGCGAUGACCUUAAGCAGUGUGUGGUGACCGCAAUCAUCUCCCGAGAAGGCCAGAAUUUCGCCGCGGUUGGAGAUCACAGCCUCCGUAAGCAAGCAACCAACACCCUAGUCGUUUUCCACUCCGCAGGGACUAUAAGUAAAGGAGAUCCAACCCGCUCGUGCCUGGCAAACCCCGAGCUAACCUGA